AUGUUUUCAACAAAUUUAGAGCCGGUCCAUAUAUGCUUUGAUGACGCUACGAUAACCGGAGAUGAAAUCACAGAAAUAUUGGCGUUUCUUCAGUCAGACGAGUCGGAUAGUCCAAGCGCUUCAAACGAGUUGGUAGAACCGGUUGAUGAGAAGAAGAGAAGACGAACGAUGUCAAACCGGGAAUCAGCAAAGAGAUCGAGGUUGAGAAAGAAGAGACGGUAUGAGGAAUUAACCGAUGAGGUAAACGAGCUAAACCGAAAGAACCAGGACCUGAGAAACCGGCUUGACAAUGUGUUGAGCUGUGAUAAUAUCAUAUCAAGGGAGAAUAACCGGUUGAAAACCGAAUCGGUUUUCCUUGAAAUUAGGCUUCUGGAGCUGUACCGGUUAUUAGUUGCCAUGCAAUCGCCAAUCUCAACAAGUUAUACAAUUACAUCACAAAGCUCGAGAUUUAUGUAUGAAAUAAAACAAAACAAAAACGAUGCUAUAAGACUUUGA